GCGGGGGCUCCGCGGGGCUCUCUAGGACGCCGGCGCCCCGCACACCCGCCAUGGAUCUGCUGCUGGUGGUGAACACGAGCCUGGGCUCCCCCAACGAGUCCCUGGCGCUGCCCCCCUCCUCGCCGUCCUCCUCGGCCCUCCUGCAGCCGCCCUCCCCCUACUCCCCGGCGGCCGUGGCCAGCCUGGCGGCGGUGGUGGGCUUCCUCAUCGUCUUCACCAUCGUGGGCAACGUGCUGGUGGUGAUAGCUGUGCUCACCAGCCGGGCGCUGAGAGCCCCCCAGAACCUCUUCCUGGUGUCCCUGGCCAGCGCGGACAUCCUGGUGGCUACCCUGGUCAUGCCUUUCUCCUUAGCCAACGAGCUUAUGAAUUAUUGGUACUUUGGCAAGGCUUGGUGUAACAUUUACCUGGCGCUGGACGUGCUCUUCUGCACCUCCUCCAUCGUCCACCUCUGCGCCAUCAGCCUUGACAGGUAUUGGUCGGUCACGCAGGCGGUGGAGUACAACCUCAAGCGGACCCCCCGGCGGAUCAAGGCCAUCAUCCUCACUGUCUGGCUCAUUUCAGCUGUCAUCUCCUUCCCACCAUUGAUCUCCAUGUACCGGGACCCUGAAGGAGAUGGCUUUCCCCAGUGCAAGCUCAAUGACGAGACAUGGUACAUCCUUUCUUCUUGCAUCGGCUCUUUCUUUGCCCCCUGCCUCAUCAUGGUGUUAGUCUACAUCCGCAUCUACCGCGUGGCCAAGCUAAGGACCAGGACCCUCUCUGAGAAGCGUACGAUGCCAGAGGGGUCCUCUCAGACUGAGAAUGGCUUGAGCCGCGCUGCUGGCGGCUGCACGUCCCUGAGGAUGCAGCUGGGAGAGAAUGGACAUUAUUCAGUGCACCACUGGCGCAAAGCCUCUGAGCUGGAGGACAUUGAGUUGGAGGAGAGCAGCACCUCAGAGAGUAGACGGAGGCGGAGCCGGGAGGAGCAUCCCCGCAAAAGCAGCAAGAGCCAGUCGUUCUCCUACUCCUAUUCCUCCAAGCACUCUAGUAGCCGUCUGUCCCGCUCUAGCAGUCGCUCCAUGCAGUUCUUCUCAUAUCGCCGUCGCCGAAAGCGUAGCAGCAUCUGCCGGAAGAAAGUCACCCAGGCCCGGGAGAAACGCUUCACGUUUGUGCUGGCCGUGGUCAUGGGGGUCUUUGUAGUUUGCUGGUUCCCUUUCUUCUUUAGCUAUAGCCUCUACGGUAUUUGCCGGGAGGCAUGUGAGGUCCCUGAGACUCUGUUCAAGUUCUUCUUCUGGAUUGGGUAUUGCAAUAGCUCCCUCAACCCAGUCAUCUACACCAUCUUCAACCAGGACUUCCGAAGGUCCUUUAAACACAUUCUCUUUAAGAAGAAGAAGAAGAACUUCCGGCAUUGAGCUGGAAGGAUGGAUUUUCCUUGAGCAGGAAUAGAGUUAGAAGGAGAAGUCUCUGUGCUGAAAAAGAAGUGAGGGAAGAGAACAUGGGGUUUGGGCUUAAGGAAGAGAGCUCACUCCUUUGGUGGAUCAGGGUGAUGCUGUGUGGUAUGGCAGUAGAGUCGGGGAGGCUGAGGGCAUUCACUGUGGUACGGAAUGGCAACACGGUGCUGGAGUGCGGAUGGGUAAACAGGGAGGGGGGUGAUUGUCUUUGAACCCUGACAGAGGGCAUGGGGAGUCUGCAGAGGUAAAUAGGCUAAGCCACUGAGUUCGGGAGGCAGUGAGCUUUUAUGGGGUCUGGAAUUUUGUGGGAAAGCAAGCAGAGACAUAGAGAGGAAAGGAUGAAGUGGCAGUGAUGGUGGAGAUUUGAAUAUUUAUAAAUAGAGCAGCUGGGGCCUAUGGUGGGCUAGUCCUGGUAAGAAAUUGGCUUUUACUGCUUAUGUGGGGAAAGGAAGUGCAAAGUACCAGGAACUGACAGUGUUUUGAGUUAUGAAAGGAUUUAAAUGUUUGCCAAAAAAUCCCUAAAGAACAAUCCAACCUCUUUUCUAAAUAAACCUUUGUACUGUUAAAACCUUCUGAAUGAUGAUUUUACACAGGGCUGAAGUCAAACAGAAAGCAUGGGGCUUUCUUUCUCUUUGGAGGGGUCUUUGUAUAUAGAGCUGGAUUGGAAAUGUUUUUCCUAUCUCCCCACAAUUUUUGAUUUGUCAGUGGGACAAACCUGGGAGUCUUGCAUGUUUUCAUGAAAUAUGAAAAAGAGCACAUGCACCCCGUGACCUUAUUUCCCCCUGUUGGAUCACUAGGCAGUAAAUUCCUGCUCCAGCCCUCUCAGAUCAGUGGCCUAAGCACCUUGCUGUCCUGGAGCAGGUAGUGGAAAAAAAAAAAAAUAGUUUUGCUGGACUCACCUAACAUUUUCUGAGUUAAAAGAAAAAAAUCAAAUUUCCAAUGAGCUCAACUUGCAUGUGCCCUGGGGAACUUCUUCUCCCUUCUUUUUAGGUCCCUCUCAAAAAGCUUAUCUCAGGGGCUGUCUGUGUGCUGUUCUCAUUCUCGGACAGGCAGUUGGAGGCAGUCUGCUAUGUAGAUUUUCAGAGGAGGAGCAAUCACCACACUACUAAGGUCUUUACAGUCUUAGAGCAACUAAAUCCUUUAUAUUUAUUUUUGUAAUGAGAAGCAUACGUUGCAGAUUGUUAGUGCUGUAUGUGAACAAAUCUCAAAAGUAAGGUGCAGCUGUUCCAAACCUUUAAUAUUAAUGUCGCUUUCUUUCUCUUUUCCUGUUUGUAUUUCUAGUUUAUGAUUUCAGAUGAUUUUGUUGUGGGGAAGGGAGGGAAGAGGGGAGGAGAGUUUGAAUAGUUAUCAAAGCAAACUAUAUUUUCUGUGGGUUUAUAAAAUGUCAUAAACUGUAAUGAAGAGAAUGAGAGACAGGGACUGUUGUCUGUACAUUCACCACUGAAUGCAUAGCAAGUGUAAGACCCAGAUGAGCAUUUACAUCCCUUCUCCAGUUGUGCUGCUGCAAGGUGUGUAUUCUGCUUGUGGAGUAAAUACUGCUCCAUUUUAUAUGUAUCACUCCUUCCAUAGGCAGCAGGAUUUGGCAUCUGCCUCAAAUGAAUCCACAGUAAACAGCUCUUUGAAAAAAUAUAAUGAAAUCUAAUCUCAUACGGUAGGCUUCUUGAAACAGCUAAAUUUAAUCCAUACCUGAGAAUCAUUAGAUAUCCUGUUCUUUACUCCCUCUGUUCUGUCUGACAGGUGCCUAUAGCCCCUCUUCUCUUGAAAUCUCUAUGACGUAAGGAGAAAUGAUAGAGCAGUCACUUUGUUUCAUCAGUUUUUCAUAGUGAGCAUUUGGUUCACUUAGCCCCAGAAGAGGAGGUUGUCAGUAGCUAAGAUUCUCGUGCUAAGUAGGAGUUCUGCUGAAGUGAGGAUUAGAUGACUGCACCAAAUGCGUUAGAAGUUUGCUUGAUUUCACUAAAGAAACAACUGAGACAUUUUCAAAGUCAUAAGUCCGUAACUUAUUGGAACCUUUCUUGAAGAAAGGCUUGCAGUUGUGAAAAGAUUUGAGCUUUGUUUAAACAUCCACACUUAAAGAAAGGAUGUUAAGACUUAUGUUCAGGAGCAUCCCCUUGUAAAUAACAAAUGGUUUGGUACAAAUAUGUACCUGAGACAGAUAAAUAAGAGAAACAAUUAGCAAUUGAGAGGGGGGAUUACAAGCCAUUUUCUCUUUUGUAAAAUGGAGAAUUAUUUUUAAAGUUACAUCAAAAAGAGCUGAAACAAGCUCAUAUUAUUUGUAGGUAAUGAUGUAUCUAAAAAGUUCAGGUUUGUUUAAUCUGAAGAAACUAUAUAAUUGCCAGAGCAACCAAAGCAGCAUAUGGUACAUAGCUACUACCUCUGAGCUACUGGACAGCUUCAUUAGAGAUACUUGUUCCUACCGAGAUGAGGGUCUGCCUUUGUCAUUUAAUGCCGGUUUAGAGUGGUUUCCCCAUCUGCAGACACACGGCAGUUUCACUGUUGCACUGCUUUUGAAAUGAGAUUUGUUGCCUAUAAACACAAUCCUUCCCCUUUGUUUUUCCUUGUAGAAUUCAAGGAGUCUAUGGGAAUGAAAUUUAAUCGACAGUCAGAUUUUGGUGGAUAUGAAGUAUAUAUGGAAUGACUGAUGUGCCUUAAAAGUAAUUUCUUCGCUAUAAAAUUAUUCUCUGGUCAUUAUAAACAUAAAGGAAAUAAUGCUUCUACUUUUGUUUUGCAUUUCCAAAUGUCUAAAAUGGAUUGAUGCAGAUACUGAAUAUCUAUGUGCAGCCGCAUACCAGGGCAUUUUCUGUGGUUUUAAUUUAUUUCUCAUCAGAGUUACUCAUCUGAUUCAAUGCCUCAAGAGGAUCUUAUUUCUUCCGAGCUAGAUAAAAAGUAAUAUUCAUCAAUAAAGAUGUGCAGUAUACACCC